CAUCACCUUAAACAAAGCUUUCUCUUUUUCUCACAGCAAUGGUGAUUUCCUCUUCCGCCCACCAAAUCUCCCCUUCCUUCUUCCAUCUCCGCCUCCGCAUUCCCGCCACGUCUCCUGCUUCCUCUCGCCUCAUCAAGCACGGAGACGGAGGAGGAGGAAUCGCCUUGUUGACGAUCCGAGCUUACAUAGAGAAACCAAACUCCAUCUCAAGCUUCGCCAACACAGUCAUCGGUUCUCUACCCGUCGUCGGACUCCUCGCCAGGAUACUCAGCGAUGAAGGCGGCGUCGGAAGAGAUUUAGUCGACUUCGCCGAGUUUAGGAAACGAGUUGGGAAUAAAUGCGCCCCUAGUGAUUCUAGAGCUUUCUACGAGUUCCAACAGCGAAGAGGCAAGGCAGGAGAACCUUUGUAUGUACUUCUUUGCUGUUGGGUUGCUGCAGUAGGUGCAGGGCUUCUUAAAUCUGAAGAGAUUCUUGAAGGUGUUACUAGGGUUAGCAUUUCAAAUGAUCUCGAGUUUGAAGAACAGAACUUUAUUGCUUUGAUGACUGAAGCUAGACAGAGAAGGGCGAAGUUGAACGUUGCAGCGCCAACGAUCCCUAUGGAACUAAGAGUCGAAAAGGCUCUUGAAGGUAUAUAUGCUUGUUGCUUCAGGAGGGGAGUUAUUGAAGAGGAAGAUGAGCAGCUUCUUCUAGUGAUGCUAACUGCUGUUUUCCCGUCGGUGGAGAAGUCUGAGAUAGAGAGGAUCAUCAAAGAGAAGGCAAUGAGAGUGGCGGAAGGAGGAGAAGAAGAGAAUCUCAUGGCUGAGCCGAAACGGCUGCGUAAAGAAGCUAUUCAGAUGCAGAUGAAAGAUCUUGAGUUCCUUCAACAGCAAAACAUAGAAUCUUAACAAUGGCCAAACAUGUGUUCCAAACAUGUGUUCACCUUUAAGUAUGUACCAUGUGUUUGUUACUUUAUUCAAAAACUAAGCAGUUCAUAGUCUCUAGGAGGAGACGUGUGUGUGUAGUAGUUUUGUUGAAAUGAUGUUGUAGAGAGAAGAAAGGAACCUUUAUACUUAAGAGCAUGAUUAUCCCUUAAAUU